GCCAAAGCCAAGAAUGCCCAGCGAUCAGUUGAAUGAGAAACGCGAGAGUGAAUGGAAGUGCAAAAGGUGGCAAAAAACAAAGCUUUGUAAAACCCAUUUUAAAUUGGGAUGAUUUGAAGUGCGUGUGUUUUGAAAAUACCACAAGAAAAAAGUAUUACAAAAUCAAUAUUGAAAUUGUGAAAUAUUUAGAAAUGAUUUAUGAUUUCCAUGCGAAAAAUGUUUGAAACUUUAGCCACAAUUUCUGUUUCAUUACCAAAACUUUAAUAAUGGAGUAGUGGCUUUUGGUUUUUUUCGCUUUUUCGUCAAAUCAAACCAGUUUGUGUGGAAAAAAGCGCGUGCUGUUGUUGUUGUUGUUGAUCUGUUUGCUGGCGUUGAGGAAGAAGUUUUGUUUACCCCAAAAGAAGCAAAAAACAAAACACGAAAUAUUUCAAGUGCCUCUGCAAAGAGCUGUAUUUCCGUUUGAGUGUGAGAGGGAGAGAGAGAGUGCGCCUAAGCCAAGAAGAGAGUUAAGGAAUUCCAUUUGAAAUUUUUAAAGUUUUGUUUUGAUUUGUAGCUUCUAUUUUAGAGAGAGAGAGAGAGCGGCAGAGAGAGGGUUCGUAAUCAUGUGUUGUGAAAAAAACAUAAACAAAAGAAUAUAAUUUAACGGUUUAAUUUUACGAUAAAACUCACAAAAAAUAUUUAUCUUUAUUUGCUAACAGCACGUGUAUGUGUGUAAAUUGACAGAGAGAGAGAGAGAGAGUGUGUGUGACAACUCAAAAAGACUAAGACAACAAACUUGAUUUGAUUUUCGGCACUGACUGAUAAGAAAAGCAAAACAAAAGACUUAAGCAGCAAACUUGAUCAUUGACGGCGGCGGCGGCUCGCAAACAAAAGACUGAAGACACAAGCAUCACGGAAGAGUAGAAAAAAAUAUACCUUUGCUUGUACAUUCCGCUACGCUGUUAUAACUUCUUGUUGCAUCGCAACCACAUUAACCGCAACAAAUUAUUAUGGGUACACGUGUACCACCGCCCUGUCCCACCCCCGGCUGUGAUGGUCAAUUCAUGGCCGGCCUACCUCAACUCAUUGAUGAUUUGCAACGUUUAUCCGAAGAUCAAGAUAGUGCCGAUGUGGUCUUCAUAUGCGGCCGCGAAGAGGAACGCAUCUAUGCACAUCGCAUCAUAAUGAUGGCACGCUGCAAAAGUUUCAAGAACAACAAACGCGGUGAACUCUGUCGCAUACCCGGCUGUACUGUACUGCCAGCAACGCCCGGUUCCCCCACGUCGGUACGCCUGCCGCAUGUCCACCCAGAGGUAUUUCGUCAAUUUAUACUCUAUGUCUAUACGGCAAAGAUUCUACUGCAAGACUCACGUGUCUUUGAAAUGAUGACAUUGGCCCAGGACAUGGGCUGCUGUGAACUACGUUCAGCCUGUGAGGAUCAUGUCAUUGCCACGCUGUCGGUGGACAAUGCUUGUACAUUUUUGACAGCUGUUAUGGAGAUUCAUGAAAAAGCGGGUGCAAAAUGUGCUGCCUCAUUUAUGGAACGUUGCAUUAUCUAUAUUGGAGAAAAUGCCAGGGAGUGUGUCAAGACAAAUGCCUUUCUUAACCUCAAAAAGGAAGCCCUAAUCAAACUAAUAUCUUCAGAUUAUUUCUGUUUGGAAGAAGAAGACGUCUGGCGUUGUGUUUUGGCUUGGGCCAAAAAUCAGGCUGGCGUUACCCAGCCAUCUCACACCCAUUGGACGGAGGAGGAACGUGCGCGGGUAUGUCAACACUUACAAGGUGUCAUUUGUCAUGUUCGUCUGCUGCUCAUCGAUAGUCAAGUAUUCGCUGAAGAGGUGGAACCAACAGGUGCUGUACCCAUGGAACUCUCGCUGGAACGUUACCGGUAUGCGGCAUUGCAAAAUUCAAAUAAAACUGGAACAUAUUCAGGUGGAGGGGGAGGUGGUGGUGUCAGUAGUAAUGGUGGAGGUAGUGCCUUUAAUAGUUUGACGGGAAGUGGCAUCAAUUUUUCCGGGUCCAAAAGUGAGACAGAUAAGAGGUUACAGCCUCGUCUCAUGGUUAAUAUGUUUCCUGGUUCACAGAUAUUGAGGAAUGAAAAACUGCAUUUGCAAAGUGUUUUGAAUAAUUGGUAUGGUGCUCCCAAACAAUCCUGGCGUCUGUUAUAUCGUGCCUCUACCCAUGGCUUCAAUUCGAAUGCCUUUCAUCGUUACUGUGAUGGUGCUGCUCCUUGUAUGGUAAUAUGUUUGGGUUCCCAUGGUGAAAUAAGUGGUGGUUUCACCGAUGUUGCCUGGGCCAAAACCUCACGCAAGGGUGUUUACAUCCAUUCGGAGAGGGCAUUUUUGUUUGCCCUUAAUCCUGGGGGCUCUGAACAGCCAUUGAAGUUUGAUAUUGUCAAGAAACCCUAUGCCAUAUGUUAUCAUCCGGAUUGCGGCCCCAUUUUCGGAGCUGGUGCUGACUUGUUAAUAUCUAACAAUUGCAACAGUAACAAGGAUUCCUAUUCUAAUUUACCACAUUCCUAUGAUGGUCCCAAUGCUUCCUAUGAAACGUUGUUUGGUGAUUAUAAUUUUUCAAUUGCCGAUUAUGAGGUUUUUACCACGGCAUAGCAAUGAAAAG